GUUACAUACUAGUUGCAGCUUGGUACACACAUUGUUUAAAAUCACUGAAACCAACUUAAAGAUUCUCAAACACUGCCUGUCAUCAAUACUGCAAUACAGGUAUUAGCGCACGAAUACAUCUCAAAAAGUGAUCAUCUAUUGCAGGUGGCUCUGACCAAAAUUUGGUUUGUAGGUUUCAUUCAAAACUGUUCUCACACCGAAUUUCGUCUGCACUAUAAACAAGUCUGAGUCGUAAUAAUAGGAAUCACGUAUUGAGAAAUUAUAUUAAUCGACUGUGUGAUACCUCACUCUUAGGAAAAUAUGAUGAUGAGUAAGAAAGGCUCUGCCUUAAAAUUUGAUGAGCGCGGUAGUAAUAUUAGUAUGUUUCCUACAACACAGUACGACUUCGUAGACAUACACUCUGGUGCCAAAUAUGCCUGCACUUCAAUUGCAGUUUUGGCUGGUUCAGUAUUGCUAACACUGGGCGAGGGUUCAGCCAAGGCGUUUGCUACAGAAGAGAGUGUGCGUACGUUGAUUGAAGAGGGGUGCAAACUACAAGGAAACUGGAUAGACAUUAACGAGUCCAGAAACUCGAAGGGUAUGGUACAGAAUAUGGCCGCGGUUGAUGAAAUCUGCAACCUAGAAGAAAGUCCGGCCCGCGCAGCGCCUUCCUGCCUUUGGGGACAACUUUGUGGCAAAGACUACGGUAUGGAUAUAGCGGACGCGGUCAGAUCGUUAGUUGUGAACAAAAACGAGGUCACUGUGUACGUGCUGACUGUGCAUAAGCACUCAACGAUGGUUGCCUUCCUGGGAAAAAGUGGAGUGAUUGUUUUCGAUUCACAUAGAAGAGAGCGUAGGUUCGGAUUGGCUCCGGGGGCAAAUGACGAGAGUGGCAGUGUACUGGUGCGUCUCAAGGACACCGAAAGUUUGAUUUCAUACUUUCAUAGAUUGUACUGCGCAACACAAUUCCCUGAGAGUUUAUUUACUUUACAACAACUGACUGCUGAAGGGGCGAACGAUGUAGCCGCGACGCAUUUGAUUAACAGACUAGCACUCGCGACAAGUGCCACAGUACAGUUCAGCCUGGAACGAAGUCUGCCCGAUUUGACUAAGAAGCUAUCAAGAGGCAACAAUUCUUCGAAUUCGCUAUCUUCGAUAUCAUCGAUGUUCAAGAAGAAAACGUCUUUCUUCACGAAGAGGCCUGCGCUACCAACUGCGUAAAUGGGUUUAUGGACAGAUCUUCACCUAUCACAAACUCUAUAACAAUAUACCGGUACACAAAUAAUUAACAAUGACUUAGAAUAGCAGCAUAAUUCACAAUAUAUGGAAAAACGAGUGUCAGUAAACGAAUCGAGAACACCAAAAUUUGGCACAUAUUAUAGCUGAUGGCAGCCAAAAAUAAAACAUGAUUAAUCUAC